AUGUGUGGAACGAAGGUUCUUAUUGUUCUAGAUGAUGUAAGCCAUAUUAACCAACUUGAGGUGUUAGCCGGUGAGUGUAGUCGGUUUAAGCCGGGAAAUAGAAUUAUGAAUACAAGAAGAGAUGAGAAAUUAUUAUUAGCACACAAAGUGACAUUGAUUCGUGAUGUCAAUUUGUUAUCCGGUAAGGAAGCAAUUUGCAUCUUUAGUAGGUAUGCAUUUAGGAGAGAGAUUCCAAUUGAAGAUAACGAAGAGAUAUCAAAACAAGUUCUAUGUUAUGCUUCUGGUCUUCCCCUGACAAUCAAAGUUUUGGGUUCUAAUCUAUGUGGUGAAGAUAAGCCCAUAUGGAACGAUACCUUACAACGACUAAAAACCAUUCCGCUAACCGAAACAAUGAAAAUAUUGGAAUUAAGCUAUACCAUUCUCGAGGAUGAUCACAAGGAAAUAUUCCUAGAUAUUGCAUGCAUAAUGAAAGGUUGGCUAAAAGAAAAGACAAUCCAAGCACUUGAAAGUUGUGGAUUUCAUGCUUUAAGUGGUUUAAGAUUUCUUCAGCAAAAAUCUCUCAUAACCAUCGAUGCCCGUUGGGACCAAAGUCUUGGAAAGAUGAAGGCGCUUAGAUAUCUUUCCGUGGUUACAACAAACCAUUUAAGGGACGCUGAACUUGAUACAUUUAGUCCAAGCUUUCCAGAUGCUUUACGAUAUCUGAAAUGGGAUUCUUAUCGUUUUAGGUCUUUACCCGAAACAUUUCAAGCAAAUAAUCUUGUUACACUUGAGUUGCCUACAAGUGAAAUCGUACAACUUUGGGAAGGGGGAGAAAAAAAAGACGAUAUAUGGAAGUUGGAACAUCUAAAAUCUCUUGACCUUUGGGCUUGGUUGUCCCUUAAGAAUUUACUUGAGGAUUUUCAGCGGGUAGGGUGUUUAGAGAAUCUAAAUUUGUUUUCGGAUAGCAUUUCCAUGCCAAAAAAUCUAAAAUAUAUUCGCCUUGCUCAUUGUGAUGAGUUUGAGAAGUUACCUGAGGAUCUUGGCCUCUUAGAAUGUUUAGAGGUUCUAGAUUUGACAAAUACAAAGGACCUUAGUGGAUUAGAAUCUUUAAAGGAUCUGGAUUUGUCAUGUACAGAUAUUGAGCAUAUUCCAGAUAGCAUUUGUGAGUUGAAACAUCUGGAGUCUCUCAAUAUUAAUUGUUGUUCAAGGUUAGAGAAGUUACCCGAGGAUCUUGGCCAGUUAGAAUGCUUGCGCUUGCUAGAUUUGUCACAUACAUAUAUUAAGCAUCUUCCAGAUAGCAUAGUUAUGUUGAAAAAUCUACAUAAACUUGAUCUUGAUCAAUGUUUUUCACUUGAGAAGUUACCUGAGGAUCUUGGCCAAUUAGAGUCAUUAGAGCACAUAACAUUGUCAUCUACAAAGAUGCAAUAUCUUCCGGAUAGCAUUUGUAUGUUGAAACAUCUGAAAUCUCUCAAUCUUGCUUGUUGUUGGUCACUGGAGAAGUUACCUGAGGAAAUUGGAUGUUUAGAAUGUCUAGAAGACUUAUCCAUAGGAGCUACACCCAUAAGUUAUCUUCCACAGAGCAUUCUUAUGUUGAAGUGUCUGUGUGUUUAUGGGUCAAGAGGGAGUCUUGAGGUGUCUGAUGAGAUACAAAUCUCCUAUUACGAUGACAAUCACGUUUUCAAUCGCGAUCUUCAAUAUGAUUACGUGGCCUAUCACAAAUGCUAUUAUGAUUAUGAUUACACAUACGAAUACGAUUACGCAUACGAUUACCAUUAUGAUUACACAUACGAUGACGAUCACGAUUACGAUUAA